AUGAGUAAGUCCUUACAGCUGCCAAUAAAUUCAUGUGAAGAUGAAGUCAACUUUGUAGUGUGCCAACUGUUUGCCUUGCUUGCGGCUAUUUGGUUUCGAACAUACCUUCAUUCAAGCAAAACUAGCCCAUUUAUAAGACAUGUUGUUGCAACCCUCUUGGGCCUUUAUCUUGCACUUUUUUGUUUUGGAUGGUAUGCCUUACAUUUUGUUAUACAAAGUGGAAUUUCCUACUAUAUCAUGAUCAUAAUAGGAGUGGAAAAUAUGCACAAGUAUUGCUUUGUUUUUGCUUUGGGAUACCUCACUGUGUGCCAAAUUACUAGAGUCUAUAUCUUUGACUAUGGACAGUAUUCUGCUGAUUUUUCUGGUCCAAUGAUGAUAAUUACACAGAAGAUCACUAGUUUGGCAUUUGAGAUUCAUGAUGGAAUGUUUCGGAAAAAUGAAGAUUUGACUCCAUCACAGAGGUGUCUGGCUGUAAGACGCAUGCCAAGUCUACUGGAGUAUUUAAGUUACAACUGUAAUUUCAUGGGUAUCCUGGCAGGCCCGUUAUGCUCUUACAAAGACUAUAUUACUUUCAUUGAAGGCAGAUCAUACCAACUGCAACAGUCUGAAGCAAAUGGGAAGGAAGAUACAAAAUAUGAACAAACGGAUCCUUCUCCAAAUAUAGCCGUGGCACAGAAACUCUUAAUCUGUGGACUGUCCUUACUCUUCCACAUGACUAUUACAAAAACUUUGCCUGUGGAAUACAACAUUGAUGAUAACUUCAGAGCUACAGCAUCAUGGCCUGUAAGGUUUUUCUAUCUAUACGUGUCCCUUAUGGCUGCCAGACCCAAGUAUUAUUUUGCAUGGACUUUAGCAGAUGCAAUUAAUAAUGCAGCAGGGUUUGGUUUUAGAGGCUAUGAUAAAAAUGGAGUUACACGUUGGGAUCUAAUAUCAAAUCUGAGAAUCCAGCAAAUAGAGUUUUCCACAAGUUUCAAGAUGUUUCUUGAUAACUGGAAUAUCCAAACAGCUCUUUGGCUUAAAAGAGUGUGCUAUGAGCGAGCCACCUUCAGCCCAACGAUCCAAACCUUCAUCCUCUCUGCCAUUUGGCAUGGGGUUUACCCAGGAUAUUAUUUAACGUUUUUAACAGGAAUACUAAUGACACUAGCAGCACGAGCUAUAAGAAACAAUAUCAGACACUAUUUUGUUGAAUCUCCUGCUGUUAAACUAUGUUAUGAUAUUAUAACAUGGAUGGCAACUCAAGUAGCAAUAAGUUACACAGUCGUGCCAUUUGUACUGCUCUCUGUAAAACCCUCUUUCACCUUUUACAGCUCCUGCUAUUUCUGUCUUCAUAUUGCCAGCAUCCUGGUGUUGUUGGUAUUUCCAUUGAAAAGAACUCAAAAAGGAAGUAAAAAGCAUGAAAGCAUCCAGCCCGUGUGGUCCAAAAAACUAGAAGAAGAAAAUCUUUUGCAAAAGAACAGUUAUUCCACAACAAAUAAUAGUUUCAGUCAGAAACAAGAAAUAACCUGCAGAUAUCAAGCAUUAAAACAGUGAUUAAGGAAAUACUAUGAUGAAUAUAUUUUGUAUGUUUUCAGAAACCCAUUUUUAGCACCUUUUAAAGGGGUUUGUAUUUGUUUGCAAAGAUGUUUAGUAAGAAAAGAAUGCAUUACCUAGGAAAAUCACAUACAAUAGCAAGACUGGAAACAAAACAAAUUAACCCCUCCCAUACCAUGUCCCUGUGGGUCACGCCUUAUAUGAAGAUAUUACCAUUAUUUCAAUGGGCACUCAGGACUUGCAACGUAUGUCCAUAGGGUCAUAUGUGUGCCCUUUGCUGAAUGUACGUUGUGUAUCCCAAGGCACUGAUGGGGUGGAAUGAAAUUGUGUCAAUCUAGGAUUAACACAUGGAAAUUAAUUUUUCCAAAUGAAUGACUUGCCUUAAACCCUCUAUUUACUGAAAUAUUGUUUCUAAGUGGGUGUUUUCAAGUUUGAUUUUAUGUGGAAAGCAUAUUUCAAAUAUAUAAUACCAUAUGCUAUAAAGAAGAUACAAAUAGGAAAUGCAAAGUCAUUAGAAGGCUUUUGAAUCUUUAAAAGGGAAUUGCAAUAAGCAUCUCAGUAUUUGGAGGGUUUUCUUAAAGUAUCUCAAACUAUUACAGUACAUUACAGAACUGUAAACAUUACUGAUGCCAAAUUAUAGUUAGGUUUCUUUGAUAAAGAGUAUAAUUACACAUAGCCCUUCUGAAUGGAUUAAAAAAAAUAAGACACCAGAAGAUUCACUUUUCCAGGGCUUGAUAGCUCUAAUCUAGGUUUCUUUUACUUUAAAGUACCUAAAAUCAAUAAAAAACCCACAGCCAAGUGGGCUUUGCAGCUGGAGAAGGAAAGGCAGCCAUAGGACACAGAAGAUGAUGUGCAAGCACCAGGAUUUCAAUGAAAGUGUGUUUUUACCCUUAAAUACCAGAAAUACUUGUUCUAGAACAGAACUGUUUUAC